GGCUCCAACCAGACCCCAACCUUCAAUCUCUCUGCUGUGCUGAAAAUCACAGCUAAGACCUUUAUAUCUGCCUAUCGCUGCCGUUCCUACCUGAAGUGACUGCCAGCAGCAUCACAGCUUUAUCUCUCCCCGACCCUUUCUUCACCGAGCCGUAGAUCUCAAUUCUUCCUCCCGCACACGUCGCCGUCGCGAUCCAUCCCCGCCGUUGCGCUCCUAUUCUCGACUUUCAUUCAGACUUCAACAGUUGUGUAUUUUUGAUACCCGCAGUACCUUUUCCACGUAGCUACUAUAUAUCCCCCCCCAGUCGUGUAUUAGCCCACGUUGAGACCGAGGCCGUCCGUCGAGACUUGGAGAGCCAGAGCGAGAACGAAAGCUUCCUUGCCCGAGCCACACGCGUUGCCCACCGACCGCGAGACGCACAAACAGCAAACAGCAUCCGAGUUGUUGCGUUACUGCGUGUAGUGCAGUACUUGUGGAGAGGGAACUAGAUUUCGAAAAAGUGUCCUGUAGGGUCGAUUGUUUGAUAGUGUAAUGGCGCAACCCCGGCAGCCCUACAACAACCAAGGCUACAUGCCCAACGGCGCCCCGAUGUCUGGCCCUGUCCCCGGCGCCACCCCGCUCCUGCCAAAUCAAGGCCGAGUUUUGCAACAUGGUCCCAUUCGUGUACUGUGUAUAGCCGAUGUACGAGGUAAUUUGAGCUCCCUCAACGACCUUGCCCGGCAGGCGCGAGCCGAUCAUAUUAUUCAUACUGGUGACUUUGGGUUCUAUGACGAGACAUCCCUUGAUCGGAUUGCAGAGAAGACACUCAAGCAUGUUGCGCAAUACUCUCCACUGAUUUCCGAGAAUGUCAAGAAGUCCAUUAGCCAGCCGGGACCUGUCAAGCAGCGUUUUCAGCCAGAAGACUUACCUUUGUCGCAGCUCCCGCAGCUCAUCAAGGGCGAGAUUAAGCUUGAUGUUCCGGUUUACACAGUUUGGGGCGCCUGUGAGGAUGUACGCGUGCUGGAAAAGUUCAGAUCAAACGAGUAUAAAGUACCAAACCUGCACAUCAUCGAUGAGCACCGUUCCAUGCUGCUUGAGAUUGGUGGUGUCAAGCUUCGACUCCUCGGAUUAGGUGGCGCUGUUGUGAUGCAUAAACUCUUCGACAACGGAGAAGGUAGAACAACCAUUGCUGGCGGACAAGGAACUAUGUGGACUACUCUACUUCAAAUGGGUGAACUUAUUGAUACCGCCAACCGCGUCUACGACCCUACCGAGACUCGAGUCUUCAUUACGCAUGCUUCGCCUGCUCGAGAAGGAAUCCUAAACCAACUAUCCGUGAGCCUAAAAGCCGAUUUCUCGAUUUCUGCUGGUCUUCACUUCCGAUAUGGAAGUUCAUAUAAUGAGUUCAGUGUUAACCCAACCCUUGAUCAUUAUCGUGGUAAACUGGCUGCCUCCAAGGCUUCGUUUAACGACGUUUGGGAGACUGUCAAAUCAGAGGUUGAGCCUGCAAUCCAACAAAACGAGGGCCAGCAGAAUCUUUUAAAGAACGCCCUUGGACUUGUGGAUAGAAUGCCUAACACGGCAGCUGGCGGCAAUCCCUUUGGCGGUCCUGUCGGUGGUCCCGGUGCUCCUGGCCAGGUUGACGAGAGUGCUUUCAAGAAUAUGUGGAAUUUCAAUCUAGCGGAUGCAGCUUUUGGCUGGCUCGUACUAGAGAUUCAGGAAGGGCGUAUUGGUACUGAAAUGCGUGCGCAAGGAUUCAACUUCUCUCAUCGCGGAGCUAAACAGACUAUACCUCAGAGCACACCAUCUCCUGCCCCUGGAGCUAGUAACCAACCCCCGACUGCCCCAGCUGUACCCUCUGGUGCGCCUCAGUUAGCGCCUCAACGGAGCUCUUCGGCCGCGGCACAACAAUCUAAGUCAGUUGCCGCGACGCCUCUGCAGACCAAACCUGCAACACCCAAGCCAACAGCUCCCCCUGCGGCUCCGGCAAGUAAAGAGGUCGAGAAGCCUGCUACUUCUAAUGGAGCGACUAACGGGCCAGAAACCAUUCCAUCACCUGGCCCAAGACCAACCGCUGAGUCUAUCAUUGGGCUCUUCGUCAUGAACGUCCAGAGCGAUGAACAAACUCGCGAUAUCUUCCCUGAAGAGCACAAAGUCAAGAUCACAAAAGUCGAAAAGUGGGGUAAUAACAGCAAUAACAAGGUUGCACACUUCCAGACAGUCGAGGAACGGGAUGCAGCAUAUGCCAGCCUCGCCGACGAUUUCAAGGUCCGCCAAUCUGAAGACCGCUCAAAGCCUUUGGUGAAAAUUUUCCACCCUCGUGAGAGCAAGCCAUUCCAGAACCGUGGCAGCGGAGCGGGGACCUGGGGAAGUAACCGGGGGCGAGAUAGUGCCAGUGGAUACCGUAGUGCCGGCGACCGUGGCGCUCUGAGCGGCGGUGAAAGCGGUCCUGAGAACAGCCGUCGCGGUGGACGUGGAGGUGGUCGUGGUGGAAGGGGUGAACGAGGAGGCCGUGGAGGCCGUGGUCGUGGUGGCAUUAAGGGUGACGGCGGAAGCGUAUCAACAGGUGGGGACUAAUGUGUGAUUUUACCAUCAUCCUUAAACCCUCUGUUCUCCCAACACUUUACCCGAUAAUUUUUACAACUUCCCGAUUGUCGCUUGUACUCUGCUAUCUGGAAGACUUCAGCUUCCUAUCACUAUCAUGGUGGCAGUAUUUUAGACCACUGAUGUGCGAUGGGAGUUCGGUUUCGGAAGAGAUGGGAUGUCGUCCCGGCGUGCGGUGGGCGGAGUGAUUAUACGGUUGUUCAUGCUGCAGGUCUCGAUGAAUCCAACCAGGCACACUGACGUCCUCUAACAUGAGACUCAUCUUUCCCUGUCUUUCUUGCCAGCCUCGUUGUUUUUCUUCGGCUAGUGGUACUAAAAAGGGUCGUCUUUGUUGCACUAUUCUAUAUGGACCUGGACGAGUUCCUCCGUAAAGGUCGUUUAGUUUUAUUAAAAAUACCAUGAUACCAAACUUCUCCGUCCCCUAACUCUGUGAUGUCUCUGCUUUAUGGAAUAUGCUCAGCUGGGGUUCA